GCACACGCCCUAUGACAAAGAAAAAAACAGUUGGCUGGAGUGAGAAGUUAAAUCACGGAAAAGAUAUGUGUUGCUGCUUAAUCUAGCGCAGCACUGAAGAGGAGGAUCUGAGAGAGAGAAAGAAGGAGCGCAGCCGCUGAAUCAUUUUCUCGCCUUUUGUUUUCCUGCCAUAUCGAUAUGGAGUCAGCCAUUAAGACGGUUGUGACCACUUUUCUCAGCUCCACCCGUGGGAAAGAGAACCUGAACAGCAGUGGCUUCCAGAAACUGGUUGGCAAAAAUCUUAGCGGCCUCAUGCAGGAUGCAAACUGCGCCUCUGCCGUUAAGGAGAUGCAGCAGGGGCUGGAUGCCAACAAAGAUGGAAAGGUCAGCUUCCAGGAAUACCUCACUCUGAUUGGUUACCUGGCCAACGCCCUCAGUCAGAGCAAGUCUGGAGGCACUCAAGAGGCAUAAUAGAUUAACAGCCUUUUUUUGUUGCAUUUUUUAAUCUUUUCUUGUUUCCAAAUUCUCUAACCAUCAUGUAUACAUACAGUCCAUCAUUUUCAUUCAGUUAAUCAGUCACUUGUAUACUGCUCUAAAUGUCUGUCCAGAUCAACCUGUUUUCCGGUUAUACCCUAUUGAUCUCCACUGUCAAGGAAACACUGAAGGACUCUUAGCUUGGAGUGUCUUUUUUUAAAUAUCAAUGAUACAAAAGAUACUGCACUUUCAAAAUAAAAGCUUUAUAUGAUAAA